CUCGCGGGCUCAAGACGUGAGACCUGAUAUCGCAUCGACACCAGACGGCGCCCGGUCACAUCGGAAUGUCCCAGACUUCAACAUGGGGUUGAAUUCUACAAUCCGGUCGGCCUUCUAUGGCCAGCCACCGAAUACAGACCGAGAUCUCGACAUCGUCCGUGGGAUAUUUCGCAUGGCUGGCGUGAACGAUACGGUCUACAAUCCGUCAAAAGGAGUCUAUUACGCCCCUCGCCAACCUGCCCACUAUGUCCACGAGAACAUUCAGACCCAGAUCGUUAUCGGAAUGGCAGUUUGCAUAGUCGUCAUGCACGUCACGACAGCCGCACGCCUUAUCUUCAAGUUGCAAGGAAAUGGCAGAAGAUUCGGCAUGGACGAUUUGGUCAUAAUCCCUGCUGUGUGCCUCGCCGUAACCUACCCCAUGUUACAGAUAUACAUGGUUGUCCAACACGGAGCUGGGCGACACUCAUGGGAAAAUACCUAUGAGGAUUAUGCUCGUUUUAGAUGGAUGUUGCAGGCAUGCACGGUUCUCUUCUUUGUGACCGUUGCCUUGAUCAAAAUUUCCAUCGCCCUUUUCGUACGACGACUUGCUGUCUGUGUUUCCAAAGGUUGGCGCAUCCUCGUCGACAUCUUCAUUGCCUUGCUCAUCAUAUAUAUGGUGGUUGCUGUUUUAUGGAACGUCUUAGUCUGCAACCCAACCCGUGCUCUGUGGCAUGUGGAAUAUGCAGGUUCUCUACGAACCCCUGCUAAAUGUGGCAACGUGUCGCUCAUGGCCAAGGUUUUGACCUACGUACAUGUCUUCCAAGGGGUGACGCUACUGAUUACACCAGUCGUAAUCUUAUGGAAGAUCCCUAUGGAUUUGGCCAAGAAGAUACGUCUGUUUGUCAUAUGGUGGUCUGGUGCCGUUACAGUUACUGGCGGCCUGUUGCAGCAGCUCUCCCCUUCGCGACCAAACGGCGAUGUAUUUUACGAAUACACAACAUCGUUGGCUUGGACGACUCUUGAUCUGACGAUGGGUAUUGUUACGGCGUCGCUGCCAACCUUAGACAUGGCCAUUUCCAUCGGGUGGAAGUCGAUCAGGUCGAGGAUGUCGAGUUCUGAAGAGUCGAGUUUAAAGACAAAACAGAUCAGUUGGCCGAUGCCAAUCCAUCAGGAUUUGGAGAUGUAUCCUGAAGCUCCAAUGGGACGUACCGAGUCGACGACCGAGCUCAUCUUGACCGACAGGUGGGAGGGACUUGAUAUGCGCAUCGGCCGGCCACAGUCAGAAGACGGCAGUACGACGUAUGAGUUUCUUGAAUUAUAUGACGAGUAUGAAAAGCCACAGCCGGCAAUAUAUAGACCAUCAAAAUACCAAGUAGUUUAG